AUGUAUUAACCAAGAAGGUUAUCUCCUGCAUCCUCUAGUCCACUUUAUAGAAAUGUAAAUGUUAAUGUCUAAUGUAUUAAUUUAUUAAUCAGUUUAGAAUAAAAUUAAAUUAAAUUAUAACUAAAAUAAAUCACUCCCACCAAUAAUAUUCCUCCUUAUGUUUAGAUCAUAUCAUAAAACCAUCAUAAAUAAAAUACUUAUAACUCAUAUGAAAAUAAUUCCAGAUAAGUGUCCAAAGAAAGAGAAAGUACUUCAUCCAAUCAAUCCAAAGAUUAAAUAUUCAAUUAAUACUAAUACGAAUCAGUGUAUUAAAAUUAAACUUAAUCCUUAAUAUCCAAAAAUGAUAUCAAUUCAAUCUACUCUUAUAUUGAUAACAUAAUUAAAACCUAGAAAUCAGAAAUAUUUAAAGUAUUAGACCAUCAAAAUAAACAAAUAGAAUUUUUGCAAUAAAUUAUUCUAAAUUAAACUUAAUAUCAGCAAAAUGCAUCUUCAUAAUUUCUGUAAUUGCAAACUCAAUUAGAAGAAAAACUCUCUAAUUUUAUUAAUAAAUAAAUUAAAGAGCUUUCAAACCGAUUAUAACAUCUUAAUAAGAACGAAAUUGAAACUAUGAAUAGUCAAUUAGAAAAGCUUCGAGCCUAAAUCUUUUAAAUAAAUAUCACAAAUAGUAAACUUAUUACUAACAAGCUAUAAUCCUCUUAUGCAAAUGAUAAUGAAAAUUAAGUAAUUAAUCAUUCAUAAAAUCAUAAACCCUUUUUAACUGAUAAUCAAUCUCAUAAUAUUGAUUCAAAUAUCAAAAUAAUGAAAAAUAACUAUUUAAUUGAUAGGGAUUUUUCAACUUAAUCAAACAAUCCUUUAAAUGAUAUUACUAAUAUUUAAAUCAAAUAUAUCAAGAGUUUACAAUAAAGUUUGCAAAACUCAAAACUAUCUAAAUGUUCUUCAAAUAAUAAUUACAAACAACAAGAAGGUUCUCCUAUUGAACUAUUUAACGAACAGAAUAUUCUAGAUAGUCUUGAUAAUAUUAAGGUUUUUGAUCCCUAACACUCUGACCAUCCUUCAGAUUCUACUAACAAUUAUAAUUCAAUGGAUUUAUCGUAAGCGAGAAUGUCAACUAUCUAAGAAAAUGAAAAUGAAGAAGAUGAAUGUGUAUAUUAAGUGGUAGAAAAUCGUUAACAAUAGACCAGUAUUGAAAAUAAAAAGAAAUAGAAAGAUUAAACCAAAAUUAAAUAAUGCAAAAGCAAGACAUUAUAUUAUUGA